AGUGCACAGAGGCUACAUGAACUUGGCGAUGAGUAUAAAUCACUUCCCCUGUGGAGACAGGCUGAACCAAGAUUUCUAUGGAACAGUUACUUGUUGGAACCUCUAAUUGAGAACAAGCUGGACCAGUACUUAUUGCCAGUAAUUCAAGGCAGUUUUCAAAACAUACAUGCAGAAGUUGGGUCAGAAAAGGUAAAUGUGACCCUGAUUGCACGUAGGUGCACGCGGAGGAUAGGUACGCGGAUGUGGAGACGAGGAGCUGAUGCAGAGGGUUAUGCUGCAAACUUCGUUGAAACAGAGCAGAUAAUGCAGUCAAAAGGAUUUACAGCAUCGUAUGUACAAGUUCGAGGUUCUAUGCCAUUCUUGUGGGAACAGAUUGUUGAUUUGACAUAUAAACCUAGCUUUGACAUUGUUAGACAAGAUGAAGCGCCUCGUGUGCUUGAGCGGCACUUUCAUGAUUUGCAAAAGAAAUAUGGAGCUGUCUUGGCUGUAGAUCUUGUCAAUACAGGUGGUGGUGAAGGUCGCCUUCGUGAAAGAUAUGCAAAAUCUAUCGAACCUAUUCUCAGUGAAGAUGUAAGAUAUGUGCACUUUGACUUCCACCGAGUUUGUGGUCAUAUUCACUUUGAACGCCUUCCUCAGCUGUAUGAGCAGAUCAAAGAUUAUCUUAAGCAACAUAGAACAUAUGAUGUAAGCAUGAUUGGAAGAAAAAUUCUGGAGAGCCAACUCCAACGGAUAGAAGUUCUUGGUGUUGAUGAUACAAUAAGCAACCAUCCAGCCUUUGAUACAAAUUACAAAGUUUUGUGGGCAAAUCAUGGAGAUGCGAUAAGCAUUCAGUACUCCGGAACGCCUGCUCUGAAGGGAGAUUUUGUUAGGUAUGGGAAGCGAACUACUCAGGGAAUUGUGAAUGAUUUGCGGAAUGCACUUGCUAGAUACUACUUGAAUAACUUUGUUGAUGGGACUAAGCAGGAUGCCAUGGACCUUCUUCAAGGACAUUACAUGACAUCUGUUAGUCGAGACAUGGCAGUGCCAAGAAAAGGAGGACUUCUAGAGAAUUAUGCGUCCUUCCGCCUUGCUUUUGCAUUGGUUGUGGGAGCUCUGAUGUUCAUGAUGAUGUCACUGAGACAUGCCCGGACAGAUGUUCGCCACAUGUUGUCACUUCUGUGGGCUGGUCUUUGUAUUGGUAUCACACAUUUUGUCAGAGCCAAUGGUCGAACAUUCACUAAUCGACCUAGGUUUAACCAGUCGCGGCAUUGAUGAGUGCAAAGCAACCAUUUGGCUCACCAAGUGAGUUGCAUCUUAGAUUGUCAUCAUUCAUCAUACUUGUCGACGUAUUGGUUUGUAAAGAUGAAGUAUUGCAUUUUUUUGCACGCAAACCCUUUGUAAUAAGUUUUCUUCCAUUUUGUAAUAAGCUUCUGUUUCCUUCUCGCUAAUUUUUAAUUCCUGCUGUUCCGGCUGUCAUGAUCAGCUUGAUAGAAUCCAUUUGUAAAAUAACAAGGGAACAUACCUUGCAAUUAUCGGUGUAUUUAUGAUUUGACACACUUGAGUUGAUAGUUUCACCA